AUGGAUGGAUGCAGGUUCGUGUGGGACGAGGGAAAGUACCCCGUCAACACCCCGCUCAAGGAGACCAUCGCCAGCAUCCAGUCCCAGGUAGCCAAGAUCGAGGAUGACAUGAAGGGAGCUGUUCCAUGCAUUGAAUCUGGGGAGAAAAUCACCUUCGACAUGUACACCAUCACCUUGGGCAUGCUUGUGCCGCUGCUGCUCGGCCUCAACAUGUCCUGGAGUGCCAUUAGUGCCACCCUCACGCUCAUCUUCCUCGACUUCAAGGACGCUCGCCCCUGCCUCGAGAAGAUGCGGAAAAAUGUAUUCAACCGCCUCUACAAUGGUGCUCGGGCCUACGAUGACUACUUCAUCUUCAAGAAGAAUGAUAGGAAGAAUUGGAUCUCUGGUUACCAGAAGUGCAUGGCUGUGUUGCAGAUGCUUCCCUAUGGCAUGGUCAUAGAUUCGUGGGACGAGUACCUCCGGAUGUUUGAGAGCACAUUCCAAGACGCCAUGGUCAGAUUUGCUACUGCGGUGGUCGAGAUAUUUGGACCCCAGCAUUAUCAGUACUACUGCUCCUCCUCCUCCUCCGACGCCGGCCAUGCUUCCGGCGCCUCCGGUGGUGGCGGGGUGCGAAACGGCGUAGUCGCACGCACCAGGAACAGGAAGGCGAAGCAUCGGCGAGGCACCUAUGGCGAGGAGCUCCCAAUCAAGGAGAUACUAACCGAGGCACCAGAAAAUGAUCGAUUCCACUGGAGGAAAUAUGGGGAGAAGAAGAUCCUCCAUGCUGAUUUUCCAAGGUUAUACUACAGAUGCGGAUACAGCGACGAGCACAAGUGCCUGGCGAAGAAGUACGUGCAGCAGCAAAACAGCAGCGACCCGCCCAUGUUCUUGGUCACCCUCAUCAACGACCACACAUGCGAUACUUUGUUCCCAGAUGAAGACCAAGACCAACCACCCAGCAGCUCAAGCAGCGCUAAUAACUCGCAGGUGCUCGACUUCUCCAAAGCGUCGCUCUCUUCGGCUGUUGGUGUCUCGAGGUUGAAGAAGGAGGAAGACGCGGACAUGUCCGUGACCGUGCCCAGCUACAACUACACGUAUGAUGAGCUGUCUUCUUCCUCGCUGCCGUUCCUGUCGCCCAAGCAGUGGGAGAUGGAAAUGGAGGUCAAGUCACUUUUUCGUCGUCACUCUCGGGAUGGUAACUAGCUAGUUAGCUCGUAAAACUCAGUGUUUUAGCUAGAUCAACUUGUUGCAUGCAAACAUCUACCUGAACCUUAAUAAUUGCAUGCAUGUUGUGAGAGAUAAUUGUAAUGAUAGUAGUACAACAUCACAAGUUACUAGAAAGU